UGCGCUGCGCAUGCGCCCUGUCAAAGGAGCAGAAUUGUGGCCGCGUUAGCAUCCGUAGCUAGCGGACUGAUAGGGGAACCCGGUGCGGAGGAAGGCGCUCUGCGCACUCUAGGCAGAAAUAUAUCGGAGACUUCAAAAUACCCCCCCGCUAAUCCUUGAGCUAACCAUUAUCCCUCCAUGCUUUGCGGGAGAGGCAGAUAACCCCCCGCACCGCCACCUCAAUUAGCCGCCGUGCAAGACCGAUAAGGGAAACUGCGUGUUUUAGCGUGAGGAGAGACCCUUUCGGGUGGAAUCUGUCUCUGUAGCCGCAAACCGUUGACCAACGUGACCUCGUGCAACAAUGAGGUUACCGAGUAACAGGCAGUGCGCGACGGAGGGAGAUGGGAAGAAGAUGGACCAAGCGCCUCCGUUCAGAAACCCUUUCGUGCACGUCUUGAAAUUCACCCCGCUGGAAAAAGCAAAGAUUGCGUUAAUGACGGUCACGCUGUUCCCCGUCCGGCUACUCAUAGCUGCGUUCAUGAUGCUGCUGGCUUGGCCGUUUGCCUUCCUGGCCACAGUAGGACGUUCAGAGACCAGCGUGGAACCCCAGUGCCUCUGGAGGAGACUAGUGGACAUAACUUUGAAGAUCAUCAUGCGGGUCAUGUGGUUUGCGGGUGGUUUCCAUUGGGUGACUGUGAAAGGCCGAAGGGCGAUGCCUGCAGAAGCACCCAUCCUCACCCUGGCACCCCACUCGUCCUACUUCGAUGCCAUCCCAGUCACCAUGACAAUGGCUUCCAUUGUAAUGAAGGCUGAGAGCAAGGAUAUACCUCUCUGGGGCACUUUGAUUAAGUUCAUCCGGCCAGUGUUUGUUUCGCGGUCAGACCAGGACUCCAGGAAGAAGACUGUGGAGGAGAUCAAACGCAGAGCACAUUCGGGAGGGGAGUGGCCUCAGAUAAUGAUUUUUCCAGAGGGAACAUGCACUAACAGAUCCUGCCUAAUCACAUUUAAGCCAGGGGCCUUCAUCCCAGCUGUCCCAGUACAGCCUGUGGUGAUUCGUUACCCUAAUAAACUGGACUCAAUCACAUGGACUUGGCAAGGACCUGGAGCGUUUGAAAUUUUGUGGCUGACACUCUGCCAGUUGCACAAUGAGUUUGUCAUUGAGUUCCUUCCCAUCUACACACCAUCAGAGGAGGAGAAAAAUAACCCUGCUCUGUUUGCGAUCAACGUGAGACGGGUCAUGGCUAAAGCCCUCGGGGUUCCAAUCACAGAUUAUUCAUUUGAAGACUGCCAGCUGGCCAUGGCAGAUGGCCAACUGAGACUGCCUGUCGACACCUGUCUGCUGGAGUUUGCCAAGCUCGUCAGGAGACUGGGGCUUAAACCCUGCAACACUGAGAAGGUUUUGCAGGAUUAUGGGAACAAAGCCAGGAAGCUGGAAGGUCAAAAGCUGGACUUGGACGACUUUGCUCAGUUCCUGGAUGUGCCAGUUUCGGAGAUGUUGCGGGAUAUAUUCGCUCUUUUUGAUGAGCAUGAAGAUAACUGCAUGGAUAUCAGAGAAUACGUGAUCGCCUUAUCUGUCAUAUGCAGACCUGCCAAAGCUCUGGAAACGAUGAAAUUGGCCUUCAAGAUGUUUGAGGCAGAGGAGGACGGGGCCAUCACGGAGAUGGAGUUGGCAGUCAUCUUGAAGACAGCUUUAGGAGUGACUCAUCUCAGCGUGUCACGGCUGUUUACCGCCAUCGAUCCUGAAGACACAGGGAAGAUCACUUUUGAUAGGUUGAGAUGCUUUGCGGAGCAACAGCCGGACUUUGCUGAGACCUUCCUGUACACAGAAAACGCUGGCCUCCACAGCGGCUCCAGCCACGGUCACCAAACGAAGCCCAGCCUGUCUUCCCAGAGCCUGCGCGGCACUGCCACCACCAAAACAGCCAACGGUAUCUGCCCCGACUUCAGCCCCAAAGACCUUGGUGGAGUCAAGAAACUCAACUGAAAUGGUUUGGGAAUGAAUUGGGAGAAAACCCCUCUCCUGGCGAGAGGGGGAUAUUUUUCGGGACAGGGGGAAAUGAUGUACUUGUAAGCUAGUAACUUGUUUGAACUGUAAAGGACUACAGUUCAGUAAUCAAAACUACAAAUAGUAAAAACGUUUACCUUUUUUUAAAUUGUAUUGUGUUCAUGGAUUUCCUUUUUUUUAAAUUCUUUUUACAGCAAGGAUAUGUUUUAUUUGUAACUUUUAUCUGUAUUCUCCCUUGAAUAGUAGCUGCCAUUUUUAUUGAAAGUGCAGAAUGCAUGGGCUCAUGUUAUUGUGAGUGGUACUGAGGAUUAUUUAACAAAAGAAGGGCCGCCUGAGGGAACCAGUGACAUUGUAUGACUACUAGGAAGUUGAAAGCUACAGUAGACACAUUUGAGGUGAACUCGGGUCUCAUAGUUAACAGUCGUAACUGCUAUCGGCCUGUUAAAUAUACGGUGAUAUAUUUGAUUUAGCUCAGGGUUCAGUGACAAAAAUGAAAAACUUUACUUGUAUGAUGUCAUCAUUUUUGACUCUAGCUGGGUUAUAUGCAUGUAUUUUCUUCUUACAGUAAAUCAGUACUCUUCUGCCGAGUCAUUAUCCAUUCACAUUAACUUUUACAUUUAUUUCAGGUUGGCAAAUUUCAGUGUCUUCUUUUCGUUGUUGAAAUUUCACAAUGUGGACCAAAAAUGCAUUCGAUGAUCUAACGUCACCUGUGUGUGUGUGUGUGUGUGUGUGUGUGUGUGUGUGUGUGUGUGUGUGUGUGUGUGUGUGUGUGUGUGUGUGUGUGUGUUUGUGUGUGUGUGUGGGCGCGGCCGGCGGUUACACAAUGUAGACCCAUCUAAAUCAUAUUCGGUUAGUCUGUUAUGGUUAGUCUGGUAUAAAGGCAAGGCUAUAUUACUUAUACGUUACACUGCUACAUUUAAUUCAUUCUUGUAAUUUUCCUAAUCCUCCCCGAACUACCGUUCACGUGUUAAAUUAUGAAAUCUUGAAAUAACGGCCUUUUAGUUCAUGUUUUUACAUUUUUUAAAACCAAACCUCACUAUCCGAGCAUGUUAUCACAUUCAAGAGACCAGUCUGGAAAUGGUAAUAAUCUCCCCCUGUGGUAACAUUCAUGCCUUGUUGUUUUUUUUCUAAUUGUUGUCUGAUUGGCAUAAAAACAUCCGUCAUUGCAUGCGAUAGAAAUACUUAUUCUACAGACAUGCAGCCUGUACCCACACAAUGUGUUUAUAAUCACACGGCCUUUAUUGUCAAUAUUUUAGAAUACUCAUUUGAUCUCAAAUCAAGCAUUGAUUAGUCUUAAUUUAUUGGUAUUUUACUUCACUGGAGUUAUAUCCAUCCUCUGACAUUAUAUCAUCUGUCCUUUUGUCCUGUAAAUGCAAGAAAGUAUCUGAAAUUACAGUCAACCUCUGGUUGUAUCGGCAAAGAAAAUCCCAUCCUAUAAUGCUCAUUUCAAUCAUUUGCCAAAAAUGUCUUUUAGUCAUCUUCGUGUGUCUCAAACACACAGGCUACAACUUCUCGUAAAAUAUACAGUGCUUCACACUGUCAUUUUAUAGAACUACUACUUAAAGGGAACCCCCUCCAGAGCAGAUUCAAUAACGCAUCAGAAUGUUUGUAGUUAGUAACAGUUUGUGCAUUUGUGGUUUGAAUCUUUGAAAAACUUUUUUGCUUAUUCUGUUAUUUCAUUAUGUUAGUGAGCCUCCAGUUCCCAUCACAUUCAUGACCAUGUAUACUGUACAAAUGUCUCCAUUAUGGCUUCUGGUGGAGUGGUAUUUCAUAUCUCUUAAGCUCUCAACAUGUAUGCUUUUUGAAGAGUUCUGAUAUGUAUUUUGAAUAUUCCAAAUGCAGGACAUUUUGGGAAUUUUUGAUAUACAUAUGCGGUUGAUUUUUAUUUUCACUGCCAUGACAAAGAUCUGUGAUCUUCUCUCCUCUGCAGAUUGUAUUGAUAGUGAAAAAUUAUCCUCAUUUUCUUUUGUAUAAUUGUUUCGUGCUGUAUUCCUCCAGAUAUCGUGGAGUUUUAUUGUUCUAUUAUUGCUUAGUUGACUGCUUUAGAGACAAAAAAAUACAGAUUUCUUAUGGAAACCGAUAGCCUUGAAUCUAAUAGAAGUUUUAUGCUAAAAGAAAAAGAAUGUAUAGACAAUCUUGUCACUAUCAGAAGCUCCUGAAAGCACUGAGCUCGUGGACAUUUUCCCUAAGAAAUCAUGUCUUUGAAAUGUCCACUUGUUGUCCUGUUUCAACCCGCUCUCCACCAACCUCGUGUUUCCUGUUAAAGGCGUGCUGGUUGAAAGGAGUACCGUGUUAGUGUGUCGGGCCUCGAGGUGAACCACCACAUGACGGGCCGCAUAGCAAAACACUGCACGCACGUGCACUCGCAUAUGUUACAUCACAAUCUUUAGAGAUUUUUAUAUAGUAUUGUUUUCAUGCUUGCACUUUAGAUUACUCGUUUUUUUUGUUUUUUUUUAAGAAAUAUUACAUUGCUGUUAAGCAUGUUAAGUUUGUAGGUACAAUAUUGUAGCUCAAUUUUGUCAAUUUGUAUUUCAUUCAUACAUCUGCUGCAAUAAUGAGAGCACAGAGGAACUUAAUCACCCAUUGAGCGGCGCUGUUCCGCUCCCACGUUGGUUUUUGUACCUUUUAAGAAAGAGUUUGGUUUGUUUAAACAUGUAAAACACUUUCACUCCCACUUUUUUUGUCUUGUCUCAGGAUUGUGGAAGUUUUGUAGCUUAAAACGGCUUUGUAAAUUUAUCGGACUUGGCAACAGCGUACUGAUGUGAAUGCUUUAAGCUGCACGGAGAAAUGGAUAAGUGUUAAAUGUAGCACUCGGUCAUGUGCGUGUACGGCGGGUGGUUAAGUAUACAAUUUACUGAAUAUGUACGGGGGAAACCGUGCUGUUUUUGUACAUAUAUAUGCAGAAAUGUGAUAGUAAAUGUUCAACUGAAACAAAGAGUUGACAUUUGAGAUCUGAGCCAGAAGUAAACGUGUUGAGCCACAGUAAGCCCCCGUGCAGUUUUGGUCAUUUUAAACCAACAUUCCCAUGUGUAGUUCUAAAGGAGGAUUUUAUGUCAUCAGCAAGUCAAAUAUGUACAUGUAUUUAAACCAUUUUAACUUGCAUCGGGCCGCUAUGGAAAGAGUUCAUUUUGAUUGAAAUUGUUUUGUUUUACUUCCCUUUAUUUCAAACUCCUCCAUAGAGACGAGUCUAAUUUUUUUUUUUUUUUUUUACUUGCUGUCAGUCGGAUGAAAUGUAAACCUGCAGGAGAUGAACUUGUAUUUAUGCUACUGCUGCCUGCUCCGUUCGCCCAGCAGCGAGCCCAAGACGAAAGACUUGCUUACUCUUGACGAGGCGAUCGUGUCUUUCUGAUGGCUUACCGCCUGUGGAGCAAGAAACGUAACUUUGUUUUCUCCGGCGCUUUAUUUCCUGUCUUUUUCUAAACUCAACAGGUUUUAUUUUGUUAACUCAUUUCGAUGAAGAGUCAUUACUGCAAGCUACUUUGAAUCUGUCUAUUCAGGACUGCUAUGAUAUAACUUGUUAAUGUGACUCUUGGAUUGAAUAAAAAAAAAUAAAAAUAAAAAUGCGAGCAGA